ACAAACACUGUCAAGAUCCUGGAUGCCAAAGUGCCGAUAAUAAGAGUGGUGACGUUCGAAUGGAAAGCAGUAAGGUAAAAGGGGUAGUUAUAAAAGGGGAUGGUUCUCCCUGAAUUAUAUACAGAUCGUCUAUAGAAGCAUCAUCGUCACACUUAACUACUCACCCUCAUCUUCAAACCUCUUACACGCCGUUGAUAACUCCCAAAUCAAUCAAUCAAAAUGCAAUUCACCACUCUCCUCGCCCUCGCACUGCCCCUUGUGGCUGCCCUGCCCCAGGCAACAUCCACCACCAGCGCUCCCGCGCCCACCCAGACCGCAGAUCUAGAAGCCAUCUGCGAGUCGCAGGCCGGCAGCUACGCGUCGUCCUGCCCCCAGUGCCUCCACAACUGCGCCAGCACGGCCUACCCGGAGCAAUGCUUCCUCAGCGUCUUCACCGUCAUCAAUGGGUACCAGGCGAAUUGCGAGGCCCGCGGCGGUUAUAACUGUCGCGAUAUGGCGAUCAAUACGUACUGUUAGAUUUUCUAGCGUGUGAGAGGCCAUGGGGAAGGGGUGUGAAGUGGGUGAGUUGAACGGUGAAGAAGGAGGGCUGUGAUGGUUUGAGUAGAGGGAUGGUAAACCUUGAGAGUUGAGGAAGGGAUUGGCAGAUUGGAUAUCAUGUUGAGCAGCGGAGGUCAUGGUGUGUGCUUGGAUUUAUCUGACUUAUGUACAGGAGUCAAUGAAAUGAAGGAGCAAUCAUUUAGUCAUCGAUGACAUCUCUAAGGGAAUUGUGGAUGGUAUCACUGAGAUAUGACAGCAAUACUUGACAACCGAUAUAGAAAGAGGCCAGCGAAUAAGUCUCAUUUACCGACCUUGGGUCGUAACUCAUUCUCGCUUUACGUGUAUUGUUUUGCGAUUAUUAUACAUCGUUAUAUCCGUAUGAGCGCUCGCCGACGCCAAAUAUUGUAGAUACUAGUUCCCCAUAAAGUAGUUCUCACAACGCCAAUUAUAAAAUAUAUGUCGAAGCCAAGCCAUCACAUCAUGCUUGCCCCUCCCUUCUCUGCUUAGCAUACCAUAAUAAGGCGCCGUACCUAGCU